ACGGGGGCGCGCGUUCUCGAGCUGCGUGCUCGCGUACGUCGCCGGGCUUCGGCUGCGUCCGUCCCGCCGCCCGCCCGUUACCGCCGCCGCCGCGUUUUCCCUUCGCCGGCCGCCGCCUGAGGGGGGCCGGGGCCAGCUGCCGCCGCCGGAAUGCCGCGGGUGUACAUCGGCCGCCUGAGCUACCAGGCCCGGGAGCGCGAUGUGGAGCGCUUCUUUAAGGGCUACGGGAAGAUCCUGGAGGUGGAUCUGAAGAACGGUCUGUUAUGUUCUGAACCCACACAUGUUUUCGGAAGGACCAGAUGGCUGACACUGGCUAAUGGGAACCAAAAGACAAGAGUGAAAGUAACCCGGUUGUCUCAUGCCCCAGCUUAGAGUGCUUCACCCUACCCUGAGACCAGUGUCCUUUUUCUCUGGAGACUUCACCCUGCUGUAUCAAAAAACUGCUACCACCUGGCUUAUCUGAGGUUAGAUUAUGGUUAAGUCAAGCAGCAGUGCUUAUUAAACAGAAAAGGUUUUAUUCGGGACUGUGGGAGAACAGAAGAAGCCAUCUGCCUUUCAAAGGCUCUGGGAUCUGUGGCUUAAUAUUCAAGCUGGAAUUCAAGAGUCCUAAGCCUGGCUUCAUUUUCAGCUCCACCACAUAGACGCUCCCUGACUGGGAACAAAGUGCCUGGCCUCUCCAGGCCUUAGUUAUCUCGUCAUGAGUGAGAAGAAUAAGUCACUCUUCGCAUUUAUUAUUAAUGGCAAAUGAAAUAUUACAGAUAAUAAAAUAUUUCUUUAAGCCAAGUGCUAUGCUAAAUAGCCAACAGGUGCUAGCCUUUGUUAUGUGAAAGCCCUCAUAAUGAAGUGGCAAGAUUAGUACAAAUGAAAGAAACAAGGCUUAGAAAGCAUUGCCUUGUGAGACGGGAAACGGAUGGAAGUGCCAGAGAGGUGGCUGGAUGAGCAUCAGGCAUGCAGGGUACUGAGGCCUCCUGAAGCAGGUGCUUCUCAGCCAUAGCAAGAAGGGCGGAAGGAUUCAGCUCGUGUAGUCAAGAUGUUUAGAAGGACAUAAAGAUACUAGGAGGCAUAGACUUCUAAGCAACAGAGUCACUUAGCUGCUGGCUUUUCCCACUACAGUGUAGAGACAAGUUGCCUGAGUGAAAAUAGCUGUAGUAAAAUGAUUGAAUUUGGCAGUAGACACAGCGGAUAACCAGAGGAGAGUAGUCAGAGAUGAUUGCAAGGUUGUUGGGAGUGAAUCAGGUGGUCAGGGGUUCUGGAAGAGAGAAAUCAUGAGGUAGGUUUUCUUCUUUGAAGGUGGGGAAAGAUCAAGUGCAGACUGAGCUGUGGCCAACCGUUUGCAGACCAGGAAUCCACACUAGCUCUAAUGAGAGAGCUCUUGGUGUGCGGGAACUGCCAGUUUGCCGACGUGAAAGAGUCCCAGGCUGGGUAAUGGUGAGCCCUGAAGUCGCACCCCAGCUCUGCCACUGAGUGAGCACGGCAACAUCCCUAAUCCUGACCAGCCAUGGAGAGGUUCGGUUCUUACAAGGAAAAUGAGUGAAUGUGGGAAUGGCUCACCACAUUGGGAAAGCAAAACUCACAUCCUGCUGGUGCUGGCUGAGGACUCUCAUGUCCACAUACAGAGAAAAGCAUGUGGCACAGUUGUAGGACAAAGGUAUGGCUUUGUGGAGUUUGAUGAUCUGCGUGAUGCAGACGAUGCUGUUUAUGAACUGAACGGCAAAGACCUGUGUGGCGAGCGAGUCAUUGUUGAGCACGCUCGAGGCCCGCGGCGGGAUGGCAGCUACGGCUCGGGACGCAGUGGAUAUGGUUAUCGAAGAAGUGGCCGAGAUAAAUACGGUCCCCCUACUCGCACAGAAUACAGACUUAUUGUGGAGAAUUUGUCAAGUCGAUGCAGCUGGCAGGACCUAAAGGAUUACAUGCGUCAGGCAGGAGAAGUGACGUAUGCAGAUGCUCACAAGGGACGCAAAAACGAAGGAGUGAUUGAAUUUGUGUCUUACUCUGAUAUGAAAAGAGCUUUGGAAAAGCUGGACGGAACUGAAGUCAACGGCAGAAAAAUCAGAUUAGUUGAAGACAAGCCAGGUUCUAGGCGGCGCCGGUCUUACUCCAGAAGCCGGAGUCACUCAAGGUCUCGCUCUCGAAGCAGACAUUCCCGGAAGAGCAGAAGCCGGAGUGGUAGCAGUAAAAGCAGCCAUUCGAAGAGCCGGUCUCGAUCCAGGUCAGGUUCCCACUCCCGCAGCAAGAGCCGCAGUCGCAGUCAGAGCCGCAGCCGCAGUAAGAAGGAGAAAAGCCGGAGCCCCAGCAAAGACAACAAGAGCCGCAGUCGCAGCCGCAGCCCUGACAAGAGCCGCAGUAAGAGUAAAGACCACGCCGAGGACAAGCUCCAAAACAACGACAGCGCCGGCAAAGCCAAGAGCCACAGCCCCAGCCGCCAUGACAGUAAAAGUCGGAGCAGGAGCCAGGAGAGGAGAGCAGAGGAGGAGAGGCGAAGGAGCGUGAGCAGGGCUCGCAGCCAGGAGAAGAGCCGCAGCCAGGAGAAGAGCCUUCUCAAGAGCCGCAGCCGCAGCCGGAGCAAGGUGGGCAGCCGGAGCCGCAGCCGCAGCAAGGACAAGCGGAAGGGAAGGAAGAGAAGCAGGGACGAAAGUCGAAGCCGCAGCCGCAGCAAGAGCGAGCGCAGCCGAAAACACAGCAGCAAGCGGGACAGCAAAGUCAGUAGCAGCAGCAGCAAGAAGAAGAAGGACACCGACCACUCCCGGUCACCGUCCCGCUCGGUGUCAAAGGAGCGCGAACAUGCCAAGGCAGAGUCUGGCCAGAGGGAAAGCCGGGCAGAGGGUGAGAGCGAGGCCCCCAAUCCAGAGCCCCGGGCCAGGUCAAGAUCCACCUCCAAAUCCAAACCCAAUGUCCCGGCAGAGUCGCGCUCCAGGUCAAAAUCGGCUUCAAAAACACGCUCUCGGUCCAAGUCUCCAUCCAGGUCUGCUUCCAGGUCGCCCUCCCGGUCUAGAUCCAGGUCCCACUCAAGGUCCUAACUGGCUCUGCCACGCUGGAACUGCCGAGAAGUGUUUUGUACAUGUUGGUAGCCGUAGCACAAGAGUGAAGUAGAACACCCGUCACUGCUGUACAUUAACUCCCUAAAGGUGUGUCUCAGUUGUUCAAUCUCAGUGCUUCCUCGGUCAGCCUCCAGGCGCCAGGCCUUCCCGCUCUACUGAAAGCAGCUCCUCAGACCUCCCCUUACUCACAGUAGGACACCCAGACGCCUGCCUUUCAGGCCUGGCCACGGCUAUAGGGAGCUCGGCACCCAGACGGCUGGCUUCUCAGGCUGGAGUGAUGGCGUAGGUAGGUGUGCUGAGCUCAGCCGUCUGCCCUUGAAUCGAUGCCCUUUGAUGUGUGCCACGUAGUGAAAGUGCAAGUCUUCAGUCUCCCACCACUUCGGUUUCCUGUUUCUGGACUUACCAACGUUGUGAAUAGCACAGUGGAGAGAAACGGAUCCCUGCGUAGCCCCUAGGAAGUAACACUGUAGGAGCUCCACAUUCUGGUAUUGUGAUUAUAUUGUUUUAUAUUAAAAGGAAAGAUUUUUUUUAAUUUUAUUUUUCCCCGUCUUGCAAAGUAUAGUGACCCCUGUUUCCAUUAAAUUUGAAUAAAGACUAUUUUUGCUUGACAAAAUUUCA